AUGCUCAACACGCUUCUGGAGAAGCAAUUGACUUACGAGCCCGAGCCGCAGCCCUAUUUCAGCUUCCGCAAUGGCUACUGGAGCUCUGUCAAGCCCGACGUGUCAUUCCCGCGUUUGGCCGCAGGAGAAGGCGCCCCCUCGAAAGCCCUCCGCGUCAUCACAUGGAACAUCGACUUUAUGGCCUCGCAUCCCCGCGCGCGCAUGGCUUCGGCGCUUUCGCAUCUGGAAGAGCUAGUCUCGCAGAUCCCAGAGUCUUGCGCUGUGGUCGUCCAUUUGCAAGAGAUUAUGGAAACGAGCGGCUCAGACGAGCAGCAAGCGAAUGACCUCAAUCAAAUCAUGAACGCGCCUUGGGUUCGCGAAUGCUUCAAUCUUACAGAUGUCGAUACAUCAAGGUUGGUUGCACCAUAUGGUCAGAUCACUUUGAUCGAUCGACGACUGGCAAUAUCCAACGUCUCCCGGAUGUGGUUCGUGAGUGAGUACCAGCGCGACGCGUUGUUAGUGGAUAUACGCCUCGAUACGCCACAACCAAGAUAUCUGCGACUUUGCAAUGUUCAUCUUGAUUCCAGUUACGGCAGCAUGCGUCCUGUGCAGUGGAGCGCACUCGCGAAGCAUCUUCAGAAUGCAGAUGAAGGCAUCUCAGCCAGCAUUCUUGCUGGAGACUGUAAUGCCAAUCAGGCGCGCGAUAAGACGGCCCCGCAAGAACACGGCUUCAAAGACGCCUACCUUGAACUAGGUGGCAUUGAGGGUGAUGAUGUCGGAGCGACGUGGGGGUUUCAGAGUGGUGUUGGUGCGAGUAGGUGGGGACAUCAGAGGCUCGACAAGGAAAUAUUUUGGGGUGGUGUGCAUGUCGACCGGCUGGAGCGGAUAGGGGUUGGAGUACAAGUGGGAGACGAGAGAUUCAGGAAAGCUCUUGAGAGUGAAGGAGAGGUGGCCUUUGUGACAGACCACUACGGCCUUAUGGGCCAUUUCAACCUCGAAGACGCAAUGAGGACAGCUAAACAUGGCGACACAUGA